AUGAAAAGAUACGUCGCGGAGCUGCAGAGAAUUGCGUUUGAAAAGUCGAGCAACAUGUUCACGCAGGACCAGUUGUACAAUACCUUUCAGGGGAUGCAACUGCGAGGGAUCACAGGAGGCUUUAUGGCCUUCCUGGAUACGCUGAACCACCAAAACUUUUUGCUGAAGAAGGGACCGCGGACCUACCAACUCUCCGUUGUCAUGUAA